UAAAUUAUACAGUUCAUACUGAGUAGCUAAUAUGUCAUUUUGUUAUUAGGCCAGUGUAUAAAACUACUUUUAUUGUUUACAAUAUUUAAAUACUGUCAUGCAGUGUCAUUAAUACAGUCUACUAUAUAGAUAGACUGUAUAGUCAAGUAUCAUAAUAAUAAUCCAAUUUCAUGCAGCCAUGCAUGGUUGCUAUGGUCAACCCUGAUAAUAUGUUAAUUGGAUAUGAUCCAAUAGUCAGUGCUAAGGGAAGUUGGCCCUGAAAAAGGAAAGGAGAAAUAGAAACAAGGAGUAAGGAUUAAUGAGAAUGUCUGCUACCAAAGAUAACAAUGGAGAGACUGAUCCUGAUAAUCAUGUACAUAUUAGGAACCAGUUUGAGUAUCACAGGAUGGAGUCAAUACAUGAAGAUAUUGUUGCUAUUGAGAAAUUUCAAAAGAUGAAGGACUCAACUGCAGACACCAUCAUCUAUACUGUGUUUAUUUUUGAGGCAUUAGUAACAGUGUUCCUAGCUGGGAUGAUCACUGAACACUUUUACAUUGUACACUCAAUUAAACUUUUGAUUCUCCUACCAGUGAAAUGGCAUUUGCUCAGGAAAGAUGACAUGGAUUAUCGGUUGCUAGAGCUAUGCUACUUUAUACAUAUACUCAUCAUGUUCUACAUAUGGUCCCCAUGGAAACCUGCUGGAAUGUUCCCUGCUUUGUUCUUCUUUGCUCAUGGUCCUCUGAUGUGGUCAAUGUAUUUAUGGAGAGUUGCUUUUGUGCCUCAUUCAAUAGACAAAAUGGCCCAGUUAUUCUUCCAGACUUCACCAGCUAUUUGCACAUGGACCAUAAGAUGGUACAGUACCCCAGAUCAAGGGUUUGCCUUGUGUGCUAAUCCAACAGAGCCUGGAGUUAAUGGAUGUAACAGCAUUGGUUGGGAUGAACUGAUACUCUAUCCAUUCAUAAUAUAUGGAAUAUGGAUGGCAUACUAUGUACCAAUUGUCUUCUAUUGGAAGGCUGAAGUAAUAAAAAAGAAUAAAUUGGCUACAGCAGCAACAGCAAUACUGGAAAAAGACAAGAGUGCUAAGAGCCUAGGAAUAAUAAAUACUAUGGUUCACCUCUUGGGACCUAAAUAUCAAACACAGAUGUACUUUGUUGCAAGCAUUCUAACUGGAUACUUCCUACUGAUACUGGCAUACUUUUGCUAUAUAUCGUUUGUUUUCAAUUGUGUUCACUUUCUUACACUUGUCCUGGUUGCCUGUUACAAUGGAGCUACUUUCUAUAUCAAGGUUGUUGGGAAAGAAUAUUAUAAAAAUGAAGAAAAGAAAAAUGAAUGAAUUAAAAGUUUAUAGUACUGAGUAGCUAACAUGUUUUUUGCUAUUACGACAGUGCAUCAUUGAAUUACAAUUAAUUUCAGUGCAAUGUGUUUAAAUUGAUAUUUUACAAUAACAAUAAUGUCACUAA